AUGAUUGCCAGAAUCCCACUGUUCUUCUGCCUGGUGGCUGCCACAGCGGCGGUGACAGUGUCCCCCCUGCCUUCUUCAGCCACCAAAACAGUACACGCCGAACCCGAAGCACCAGCCCACUACACAUUCGAGUAUUCAGUCGACGACAGACACUAUGGAGACAUGAAAUCGCACAGAGAAACCCGCGACGGUGACGUCAUCAAAGGCUCCUACUCACUCCUGCAACCCGACGGUACGCAGCGGAUUGUCGAGUACACUGUCGAUAAAAAAAGCGGAUUCAAAGCCAAAGUACGCUAUGAAGGUAAACCCGUCUCUUCCCCGCCGAAGAUCAAACCCGCUCCAGUCGCCGAGGUAGUGUACGCGUCCUCUCAGGCACCAGACGCGAAAGAAGAGUCGUCAAACUACCGCAACGUCUCUUUUAGAUCUCCACAUGUAUCUUAUUACCACUAG